AUGAAUGAGACACUGUGGACUUUGGUUUUCUGUGCUUUGUUAUUUGAAGCUAUGACUGAGGCCUGUGACCCAUGUACCUGUCGGUCCACGUUAGACUGCACUGGAAGAUCUGCUGAUUGCGAAGCUAAAGCACUGACGCAAGUACCUACUCUCCCCAGCGACGUAUGUCAAUUGUAUUUAAGCAGGAACAAGAUAACCACAAUAAAGGAGAGCGACUUUAAUUCUUUAACAAACUUAAAGAAAUUGGAUCUUAACCACAACAGUAUUACCUCAAUAGACGACAACGCCUUCAGUAAUUUGACAAAAUUAGAGAAACUAUUUCUUGACGGGAACAGUAUUAAUACAAUAAAGAACACUGCAUUCAUCGGCUUGUCUAACUUGAAGGAAUUGCUGAAAGAGAAAUUAGUGUAG